UUUAUUUUAAAAUGCGCUGUUAUUUCAUAAUCCCUGUCAUUAGACCAACACGGUAGCAAAAUGUAGAUCCAUUAUGUCAGACAGCGAAGUCUUUGCUGAAUGACUCGCUAUUUCAUACUUUUAGUAUCCUGAUGAUGCGGUCAAUUUUGUUCACUGCAGUGUUACUGUCAGUAGCGGCGUCUUACUAUAUAUAUCUCCCGCUACCAAGUACAAUUACGGAGCCAUGGAAACUUAUGCUACUGGAUGCAGUAUUUCGUUGUAUGAUGCAUGUGGGCAAUUUGAUCCAAGACCUGGGUCUGUGCCACCAUGUCCGUGUCCUCAACUUCGUGGUGUCCGUUCUCGAGCUGCGCGGUCCGCGCUCGAGCGAGUUCGUGCGGGUCACGGACACCUCCUUCUCGGGGGUUCCUGCGCGUGUGUUCGAGUCCAUCGCACCCGGACCCGAGCGUCUGAAAAGAGGAGUGAUCUACUUCCAUGGCGGCGGAUGGGCCCUGGGGAGUGGAAGAAUGCGAUCUUAUGACCUCUUGUGCAGGAAAAUGGCUGAGGAGCUGGAUGCAGUCAUUAUAUCCGUGGAUUACAAGCUUGCGCCCGAUGCGCACUUCCCGGAGCAGUACGACGACGCCCUGAGUGCAUGCAGGCACAUUCUGAAAGCCGAGGUGCUAGCCUCGCUCUCCAUGGACCCGGAGAGGGUGGCCGUGUCGGGUGACAGCGCCGGAGGCAACCUGGCCGCCGCCGUGACCCAGCAGCUGGCUGUGGACACCAGCGUCUCCGUCAGGCUGAAAGCGCAGGCCCUUGUCUACCCCGUGCUGCAGGCACUCGACUUCAACACUCCGUCCUACCAGCAGAACAGCGACGUGCCCAUCCUUUACCGCCCCCUCAUGGCCCGCUUCUGGCUGGAGUACCUCAGUGGCGAUCUGAGUCUUGUGCCUUACCUGCUGGCCAACAACCACACGGCCCUGGACCAAAGCCAGGAGGCGGAGGAAGCCUGGGCCAAGGUGAACUGGACACGUCUGUUGGCACCCACCUUCCACAAGCACUACAAGCCCGUGGUGCCGCGGCAGGGCACGCCUCGCCUCCUGGAACAGCUGCCGGGCCUGCUGGACGUCCGGGCCGCACCCCUGCUGGCCGAAGGGGGGGUGCUGGAGAAGGUCCCGCCCGCCUACAUCCUGACCUGUGAGCAUGACGUGCUGCGCGACGACGGCCUCAUGUACGCCCAGCGCCUGGAGGAGGCAGGCGUGGCUGUCACCAGCGACCACUACGAGGAGGGUUUCCACGGCUGCAUGGUCUUCGCUUUCUGGCCUGUUUGCUUCUCAGUGGGGAAGCGGAGCUUGAGAAACUACAUCAGCUGGCUGGAGCAGAACCUGUAAGGGGGUAUGAGUGACAGGUCCGAACAGUCUGAAAACUGUUCAAACAAACAGAAGAUUUACUAAAACAAACAAACAGAAGAUUUACUAAACACUUUAUUUGUCGAUUCUGAUAGCUCUUUUGAAUUCAGUGUGCAAUACAACCCGUCAGUACAAAGAGAGCAUGCUCUGGAUGUCUGCAAAUGCUCCAAGACUCCUCAUUCCAUAGAGGAUAAGUGUGCGCUGGCAGGACUGACUCUAUGAAGCUGCAGCACCGAGGAUGUGUGUUGAGCUGUGUUCCUUUAGGCCAUAGCAUUGCAGAGGUUUGUUUUCUCCAUGCUAUAACACCAAAAUCAGCUUGUCAGCUAAUUAUCAAGUCUAUCCUUGAGUGGAUCAGGCGUCUCAGAGUGGGGAAAUUAAAGGUGGCCCCGAGAAAUGCAGUGUUACGCCACUGCUAUAGAGGAAUUCAUUACAUAUGCUUAAUUUACAUUCCUUAUGUUCUAGGUGUGAUAAUAUAUUCCAGACGCUACACAAUGAUUUCCAAACAUAUGAGGACAUAUUUGUGCAAUAAGAGCAUUGACCUUCACAGGGCAGGAAAUCAGCUAAACACUGUACUUUGAUAUACAUAAUAUGCUUGAAAGACAGAAAGCUUUGUUCAUUUUAAAUUUCAUUGAUUUGAUAGUUUGUAUGAUUGUUUUAUGAUACUGGUGUAAACAAAACUUGAUACUGUUUGAAAACUGAAAACUUGUUAAAGAUGUGAGAGGGAAAGUAAUUACUGCUAUUCUACGAAUAUUUAAACUUUGGUGUUUUUAAAAGCAGAGAUUUAUGUUAAGCCACAUCUUGUCACGAACAACAAAAAGGAACCAGGAGCUAUAAGCUGAAAUUUAAUCGGGGAGGCUAAAAUUCCUUGCUACACUGAGUUUCGCAAGCUUUGCUGUUGGCAGUAGAAAGGAUGACAAAAGGGAAUUUCCUAAACAGCAUGGAGGUUUGAAGGAAACAUGAGUUGGGGAGGGGGGGGUAGCUGUUGGAAGCCAGCCUUCACCUCCAGCACAUGGGAAAGGCCGUGGGCUAGAGGACUAAGUGCUGUGGAAUGCUUGCUCGAUCUGACUUCACCUUCACCUGUGGCACCGGUUGCAAUAGUGCACCUCUGGCUCCUGCUGCCACCACAGCAGUGCAUGCAUGAGAAAGAAGCAGAAGACUAGUGACGGUGAAACAGAAAGUAAACCAGCUAUUGUCACAGGAUAUUCACAUAGUGGCCUUUGCCUCGGUGAAGAGUUGUGGAUGGAAAAGAAGACUAAAUGUCAGAAAGAUGUUUUUAGAUGUUUUUGUCCAGUAACCACUGACAGUCUCUUUUAUCAGUGUGCUCUUUUUAUCUGCUAUGCCCAGCACAAAUACCUGGUGUUGUGUCCAGCUGGAUGUAAAUGGACACUCUUGCUGUUUAUUUGACACUGGGGAUUGCUGUGUACGGAGCAGACCUCUUUCGCAUGUAUCUGUCAGAUGAUGUGUGUCUAGUUCUUCUUUCAUGUUUCCCCUCCCGGUGUUUUUGGACUCCACUUGUUUAGACUAUACGAAAUCUAUGCUCUGUGUCAUUAGGAAUGGUUUGUGGUAACCUCUGAUUUGUGUAAUUUAUCAAUUGCUUAAUGUAACACCAGCAAUUGGUUUGAUUGUCACAUUCAAACAGAUAUCAGCCUUGUGUUAAUAAUGUGGUUUUCAACAUCUACCUCCUCCUGUUAGAUCUUUCAUCACAGGUUUAAUAAAA